CGGACAUCACUAGUUGAUGUCAGAGAAACGAACUCGAGGCUCGAGCUACCUGCUGGAAUACCGAAGAACCGAUCCGCGGAACUGGCGCGAGCGACCUAAUCCACUAACGACAUGCCGAGACACUUUAGGAAAGCGCUUGCGAGUAACUUAAAAUAAUUCACUUUAUAUGGAAUUAUUAAUAAAACGCACCGGUUCCGUUUUACGUCGCAGUCAGUGUGUUGUAGGAAUGCGUUGGAGUUUGUGGUCUGGUCGACUCCAACAGAUGAUCGCCUUUGAACAACAGCGGAGUUGUUUAUGAACUGGGGAAGAUUUGAAGUCAGGAGAGGAGACGAGGGGAGGGAGCAGAGGAGAGGGGCGCCCAGAAAACGCCCUGCUGCUCAAUCCUCUCAAAAUUAAAAGUUUAUCGCGCCGUUGAUGGCACGCUCGCAUUAAAGGAUGGGAAGUUUGAUUCCGCUCAUUUAUUUAAAGUAACCACUUCAUAGAUUGUUUUGAGGGGAAAGUUUGGAAAACCUCAAUCGUUCCCAUUGGAUUAUUUUUUUUCUUCCGCUUUAUUCUGGACAAGCCCGGGGUACUUUUUGGAGGGAGGCGAGUCGGAGGCUGUCUAGGCCCGCUGCUCGACAACUUGAAAGAAGAUCUUGUAUCUUUAAUGUGAACCAGAAAAGUUGGGCAGAUCGCUCAUCAUUGCUCAGACUGGCGCCAGGACAAAGCAAAAAUGUCGCUAGGAGCGGAGAGAAGGAUGGAAAACCGGCUGAGACAACUGGAAGCCAUGCUCAAAGAGCCGCGGUCUGCGAUCAACGUGGAAAGUUUGCUGGAUUCCAUGAAUGCCCUGGUUUUAGAUUUGGACUUUCCGGCCUUGCGUAAAAAUAAGAACAUCGAGACCUUCUUGAACAGAUAUGAGAAGGUUAUGGGCCAAAUAAGGGAGCUCCAGAUGAAGCCAGAUGAUUUUGACCGAGUGAAGGUGAUCGGUAGAGGAGCGUUUGGAGAAGUCCAGCUGGUUAGGCAUAAGGCCUCUCAGAAGGUGUAUGCAAUGAAGGUGCUCAGCAAGUUUGAAAUGAUCAAGCGUUCAGAUUCUGCCUUCUUUUGGGAGGAGCGUGACAUCAUGGCGUUUGCUGACAGCCCGUGGGUCGUGCAGCUGUGCUGUGCGUUCCAGGAUGAUCGUUCUCUCUACAUGGUAAUGGAAUAUAUGCCAGGAGGAGAUCUUGUCAAUCUCACCAGUACAUACGAUGUUCCAGAGAAGUGGGCAAAGUUUUACACUGCUGAGGUUGUGUUGGCUCUGGACGCCAUUCACUCCAUGGGCUUUAUUCACCGAGACGUCAAACCGGACAACAUGCUGCUGGACCGCUACGGACACCUCAAACUUGCUGACUUUGGGACCUGCAUGAAAAUGGAUGGGACAGGGAUGGUUCACUGUGACACUGCGGUCGGGACCCCUGAUUACAUCUCGCCGGAGGUUCUCAAGUCUCAGGGAGGGGACGGAUACUACGGACGCGAGUGUGACUGGUGGUCAGUGGGAGUAUUUAUCUACGAGAUGCUGGUUGGUGAUACACCGUUUUACGCCGAUUCUCUGGUGGGGACCUACAGUAAGAUUAUGGACCAUAAGAACUCUCUUAACUUUCCUGAUGACGUUGAGAUCUCUCAAGAAGCCAAAAACAUCAUCUGUGCCUUUCUGACAGAGAGGGAGGUUCGCCUGGGUCGAAAUGGCAUAGAAGAAAUUAAAAGACAUCCUUUCUUUAAAAAUGACCAGUGGACCUUCAGCACCAUUAGAGAGACUGCAGCACCUGUGGUUCCAGAGCUGAGCAGUGACAUAGACACCAGUAAUUUCGAUGAGAUAGAGGAAGAUAAAGGAGAAGUAGAGACCUUUCCCAUAUCCAAAGCCUUUGUUGGCAAUCAGCUGCCAUUUGUGGGGUUCACCUACUUUAAAGAAGACCAGUUGUUGAAUGCUGUUAACAGUUCAGCAAUGAAAGAUCACCCAGCAUCCAAGACAGAGGACAAUUUAGCACUCCAGAAGAAACUUCACUCUCUAGAAGAGCAGCUCAACAAUGAAAUGCAGGCCAAAGAUGAGCUGGAGCAAAAAUACAGAAGCAACAGUAGCCGCCUAGAGAAGAUCACCAAAGAGCUUGAUGAAGAAAUAAAUAGCAGAAAAGGAUUGGAGACGACUCUGAGACAGUUGGAGAGAGAGAAAGCUCUCCUACAGCACAAGAACGUAGAGAGUCACCGCAGGGCAGAGAGUGAAGCGGACCGCAAACGCUGCCUGGAGAAUGAAGUGAACAGUCUGAAGGAUCAGCUGGAUGAAAUGAAGAAGAAAAACCAGAACUCGCACAUCUCCAAUGAGAAGAACAUCCACCUGCAGAAACAGCUGGAUGAGGCAAAUGCGUUACUGCGGGCAGAAACUGAUGCUGCUGCGCGGCUGCGUAAAACUCAAACCGAGAGCUCAAAACAGCUGCAGCAGCUGGAGGCUCACGUGAGAGAACUGCAGGACAAAUGCUGCAUGCUAGAGAACAGCAAACUCACGCUAGAGAGAGACAACAUCAGCCUGCAGGCCGCGCUGGACACAGAGAAACGUGAGCAAACCCAGGGCUCUGAGACCAUCUCUGAUCUACAGGCACGCAUCUCUGGUUUGGAGGAGGAAGUGAAACAGGUGAGACAGGCACUAUCUAAAGCUGAGACGGAGAAGAGACAACUUCAGGAGAAGCUUACAGAUCUGGAAAAGGAGAAUAGCAAUAACCAGAUUGACAUGACCUAUAAGCUGAAGAUGUUGCAGCAGGGGUUGGAGCAGGAGGAGGCGGCACACAAGGCCACAAAAGCUCGACUUGCCGACAAGAACAAAAUCCGCGAGUCCAUCGAAGGAGCAAAAUCUGAAGCUGUGAAGGAGCUGGAACAGAAGCUGCAGGAGGAGCGUUCCUCUAAACUGCGUGUGGAGAACAGGGUGUUAGAACUGGAGAAGAAGAACUCCAUGCUUGACUGCGACUAUAAACAGUCACUGCAGAAACUAGAUGAACUGCGACGACACAAGGAGAGACUCACAGAAGAGGUGAAGAAUCAGAGUCUGAAGAUCGAGCAAGAGGUUCAGAAACGCACUUUGACUCAGAAUGACCUGAAGGUCCAGAACCAGCAGCUUAGCACCCUGCGAACAUCAGAGAAACAGCUCAAACAGGAGACAAACCACCUGUUGGAAAUCAAACGUAGCCUGGAAAAACAAAAUAUGGAACUGCGCAAGGAGCGUCAGGAUUCUGAUGGGCAGAUGAAGGAGCUGCAGGAUCAGUUGGAGGCAGAGCAGUAUUUCUCUACGCUGUACAAGACACAGGUGCGGGAGCUGAAGGAAGAGUGUGAGGAGAAAAAUAAACUCUAUAAAGACAUGCAACAGAACCUACAGGAGCUUCAGGAGGAAAGGGAUUCUCUUGCGGCUCAGUUGGAGAUCACACUAACGAAAGCUGAUUCGGAGCAGCUGGCGCGCUCCAUUGCAGAAGAGCAGUAUUCUGACCUGGAGAAGGAGAAGAUCAUGAAGGAGCUGGAGAUCAAAGAGAUGAUGGCCAGACACAGACAGGAGCUCGCUGAAAAAGACACCACCAUCAUCUCAUUAGAGGAAGCUAAUCGCACAUUGACGAAUGAUGUGGCAAACCUGGCCAAUGAGAAGGAAGAACUCAACAACAAGCUAAAGGAAACACAGGACUACCUGCAGAAUCUGAAGAAUGAAGAGCAGUCCAUCACUCAAGGGAAACUUGCCCUUGAGAAACAGCUUCAGUCGGAGAGAACUCUCAAAACACAGGCAGUGAACAAGCUGGCGGAGAUCAUGAACAGAAAGGAGGUCAGAGGUGGUGGAAGUCGCCGUGGAAAUGAUACGGACGUGAGGAGGAAGGAGAAAGAAAACAGGAAGUUGCAACUGGAGCUGCGUUCCGAGAAGGAGAAGCUCAACAGCACUAUCAUCAAAUACCAGAGAGAAAUCAACGACAUGCAAGCGCAACUGGCAGACGAGUCUCAGGUGCGUAUCGAGCUGCAGAUGGCUCUGGACAGUAAAGACAGUGAUAUUGAGCAGCUGCGCGGCCUGUUGAACUCUCUUAACAUCCAGUCGCUCGACUCUGCCAGUAUGAGCAGCGGCCCGGACAUGGACACUGACGAGUCACUAUCAGAGACAAGACUGGAGGGUUGGCUUUCUUUACCAGUGAGGAACAACACCAAACGCUUCGGGUGGGAAAGGAAGUAUGUUGUGGUGAGCAGCAAGAAGAUUCUUUUCUACAACAGCGAGCAGGACAAAGAGCAUUCCAAUCCUUACAUGGUUUUGGACAUAGAUAAACUUUUCCAUGUGCGUUCGGUAACCCAGACGGACGUCUAUCGUGCUGACGCCAAAGAGAUCCCCAGAAUAUUCCAGAUCUUGUACGCUAAUGAGGGUGAGAGCAAGAAAGAGCAAGAACUGGAACCUCUUCCUGGAGACAAGUCCAGCUACAUUUGCCAUAAGGGUCAUGAGUUCAUUCCCACCCUGUACCACUUCCCCACGAACUGUGAAGCCUGUACCAAGCCCCUGUGGAACAUGUUCAAACCACCUCCAGCUCUCGAAUGCAGACGAUGCCACAUCAAGUGCCACAAAGACCACAUGGACAAGAAAGAGGAAGUCAUCGCUCCCUGCAGAGUGAACUACGACGUGUCUACGGCCAAAAAUCUGCUGCUGUUAGCAUCGUCCCAGGAGGACCAGCAGAAAUGGCUUAGUCGGCUCAUGAAGAAGAUCCCUAAAAAACCUCCAGCACCAGAAGCCCCUCACCGCUCCUCUCCCAGAGUUCCUGUUAAACUACCAAGCAGUCAAUCCAUGAGGAGACCCAGCCGACAAAUACCCUCCAGCAAACCCAGGUCUGUGCACAACGUAAAGGAACCAACAGCAUGUCCGGAGAAAUCUGGCUUCAUCUACCACAAGGGCCAUGAGUUUAUUCCUUUAUUCUACCACUUUCCUGCCAACUGUGAGGCCUGUACCAAACCCCUGUGGAACAUGUUCAAACCUCCUCUGGCCUUGGAGUGCCAGAGAUGCCAGAUCAAAUGCCACAAAGAGCACAUGGACAAGAAAGAGGAAAGUCUCAGACCCUGUGCUCCAGACCCGUUCAACCCCCAAUUCAGCACGGGUCCCCCUCGACUGGACACUCCAAAGAUGAGGCGAGGAGACUCCACCAACAACCUUCUGAACAAAUGAGUCCGUUUGAUUACAAUGUUUACAAACUGUUUAUCAAGAAGACAUUUCAGCUGUACUGUAAAAGGAAAAAACUGGAAGAGAACGUGCAUCAAAACAGUAUUUUUAUUUUUUAGGUCUGUUUUGUUCCCUUUUGCAAUAAAAGUUUGAGACCUG